AUGGGCAGUCGAGACACACGGCGGGUUUUGGGACCUGAGAAGAGUGUGUGUCAUACCUUGCUGCGGCCACCCGUUUCUCGUGCUUUCCUGAGAGAAGAUGGACUACGCUGGGAUGGCCGCACGCCUCAGGACCCUCGCAAGCUGUUCAUGAGUGUGGGCAUGAUAACUCAGGCCAAGGGUUCGUCGUAUGUGGAAGUUGGCAAUACUAAGGUGUGCUGUGGUGUGUAUGGCCCAAAAGAUGUGCAGAGAGGGCAGGAUUUCAAGAUGUCUGGGCAGGCAGUGGUUGGCACGCCUCCAGCCCCUCACAGGGACGCUACUGCGGAGGAGUCCAGUCCUCCCCUAAAGGGCUCCUCAGAUGGUCAGAUGGCAGUGUCUGCUGGGGACUGUUCAGACCCCUAG